AUGAAAGAGGCGUUUUAUCAUAUUGAACUAGACAAUGAAUCAGCUGAUCUUUGUACCUUCAUUACACCUUUUGGUCAAUAUAGGUUUUUAAGAUUACCAUUUGGAAUAGCCACUGCCCCAGAAGUGUUUCAAAAAAUGGUAAUGGUUGUGUUUGAAGGAAUGGAGGAAGUAACCGUCUAUUUUGACGAUAUUAUCAUAGCAACAGAAAAUGAAGCAGAACAUAAGAAGAUUUUAAGUCAAGUAGUAGAAAGGGCCAUAAAGUGGGGCAUUAAGUUUAAUGUUGAAAAAAUGCAAUUUAAGACAAACAGUGUCAAAUAUGUAGGUAUGCAAUUUACUGAAGAAGGUGUUCUACCAGAUGAAUCACUGGUAGAAGUUGUGGUCAAAAUGAGAGAACCAAAUAACUCAUUAGAGGUACAACAAGCAUUGGGGUUAGGAAGUUAUCUGUCAGAGUUUAUUCCUAGUCUGGCCAGUAUAACUGGGCCAUUAAGACAGUUGAUACGGAAAAAGAGCAUCUGGAGAUGGGGCAAUGAAGAAAAAAAAGCUUGGGCUAAAUUUAAGGAAUGUGUAAGUAGUCCUCCAUUAUUAAGUAUUUUUGACCCAUGCAAACCUAUCAUAAUUUAUUGUGAUGCUAGUAAGGAUGGGCUAGGCUGUUGUCUUUUGCAAAAUAGAAAACCAGUUGCAUAUGCAUCGAGAAGUUUAAGUGGUACAGAGAAGAAUUAUGCGCAAAUCGAAAAAGAGUUACCAGCUGUGUACUUUGCUUGCCAUAAGUUUCAUCAGAUGAUAUAUGGUCAUAGAAUAACAAUUUACACCGAUCAUAAGCCAUUAAUAAUAAUUUUUAAAAAAGAAAUAAAUGACAAAACCGCACGGUUACAGAGGCUAAAGCUAGGAUUACUGAAAUAUGACAUAAAUCUUGAGUUUUUACCAGAAAAAAAAAAUGUAUUAGCUGACCCGCUGUCAAGAUUAUAUUUUAAUGAUUCAAAUGUGAAAACUCAGUGUGCUGACAUAGUUCAUGAAAUUGUAGUAGCACCAGAGAAAGUAUUGUUAAUUUCACCUGAAAAACUAAAAAUGUUAAAAAUUAAAACAAAAGAAGAUGAAUGUCUAAAAAAUAUAUUAAACCUCUAUAGCAAUGGGUAA